UGUCAUUCAAUCGUGUCGCCGCUGCUGCUCCGUAAACGUAUAAAAUUCGUUCGGCUCGUGUGCGUGUUCCACAACAACAUUCCUGUUGUCAAAUUUAACGAAAUCAUUUGAACCAAAAACAUAUUCAAUUCGUCUAUUAAAUUUGCUUAUUGGUCGGCAGCAGCUCGUCACUGGACUCACCUACAUACAUAUGUACAUACUCACCGCAUAUACUGGUAUAUAUGCAUGUAGAGUAUUGUUAUAGGAUUGCGUCCGUUAUAUGAUUGCCGCUUUGCUUUGUAAUACCUUUUGUUCCUGUUAUUUUGUUAUUGUUUUUGUUAUUGUCUCGGUUUCGUGCGCGUUAAUCGCUGACGCUUCGUCGAUCUCGUCUAAGCAAUUGAGUGUUGCUCUGUAGCUCGUUGGCUUAAGCUCAGCAUUUGGUCUAACGACUGACGUACCAUCAGUGCUGCAGUGGGUUUUUUGGCUGCCGGGUCUACUACUUUUGCACUGCAUCGCUUAAAAAGUAGUUCAGUGAAGUGAACGGCUUCAGCAAGUGAGUGUCGCGCGUGAAUGCAUGGGUGAAGCACAGUAUUUGAAUUUAACGGUAUUCUAGUAAGCAACUAACUAACGCAGGCGGACUAAGUAGUGCGUGCAAAAAUUUGUGUGCAAUUUAAUCAAAUUAUUUGUAAUAAUUAUUAUUAUUUCGGGUCACAAAAGCUAAAACGGCAUAUCGGUAUUAAACAACAAUAAUAACUUAAUUGGAUUAACAUAUUAUAUAACGAUGACGUCCCCAUCUACACCAGUACUCCGCCUCGUCGCUGCUUCGGCGCUGCUAUUGCUUUUCAGUCACGUCAAUGCUAACGGUUAUCAUUAUGGACCACCGACGGCACCAUCAGCACCGGCACGUCCUCCUAGUAAUGCGGGUCAUUAUUUCGGAUCUAUUCCAACUGUAGCGCCACUGCCACCGGUACCGUCUCUGCCAGCACUGCCCACUGGUCGGCCACGUGUGCAGAACUUCUUGCCAGGUCCACCUCCCGCACGCACGCAAACACAAACAAUCGUCCAAGUACAUCCAUCAUUAUCUGUCGAACUGCGUCCGUCUGGCCCUUACAAUUCGUUCGCUGGUAAUUACGGUGACCGCCUACCAGCACAACCACAACAAACGGGUGGCUAUCAUUAUGGACCCCCUACCGCAUCAACGCCCUCUGCACCAUCAAGCUCUGGAGGUUUCCUACAGGGUCCCCUCCAGCCACAACCUGUACGCGUGCCAUUCGGUCAACAACCGAUUUACAAAAUUGGCAACGACCUCGGUCCCGACGGUGAUUUCUAUGUGGUCAAUGGGCGUCAGUUGAAGCAAUAUGCCGUGGUGGAAUUUGUCGACAACGAUAUCUCACAGGACACCAAACCGUUCCUCACACAAUCGUUUGUAAAUAAUUAUCGCGCACUCGUGGGCGCUUCUGGCACGGGCGCUAUUGCACCUUUACCCUCGGCCAUGCAAUUAGAUUCUGCGGCUAAUGCGAUUUUACGUGAGCAGCAACGACUCGCCUUCAAAGGUGCCACCACACGUGGUGACACGAUCGCUUUAGGUUCAGGCGGCAUCGGUUACGUACGUCUGCCCGAUGGCAGCAUAACUUUGGGUUCGGGCUCGCUAAACUUCGUAACUGGCCAACAACAUUUGUCAGAUCUACGGAAUGCGCGUACACGCUCCGAGUCACAACGCGAUCCACUACAUUUCGGUCAUGGUCCAUUGGAGGACCCAUCUAUUCAAGUGAACGGGGUCUUAAAUAAUGGCUUCUAUUGAGACGUAUUGCCUUAAGUACAUAUUUGUUUCAUGUCACUCACUCGCUUCUUUCUAAGAAAUUUUAAAUUUAUUUUUAUGAUAUUUUCUUUAUUCGCUAAUUUUGUUCUCUUGUAAAAUAUUACUGCCAACUUUAGUUUUAAGUUAUUGAAGAGGAAUAAGCAAGCUGAAAUUACCUUAUAUAUGUAUGUUUGCAUAAAUAUUAUGUAUUUGCAAUGCAUAUUCGAUUUAGUUGACCUACGAAGCUUAUGUACACACGAAUGUAUAUAUACAUACUACUUGCCUAUAAUAAAUUAAUAAAUAUUAUUUAAAAAAUGUUCAA